UGUACCCCGCCUCCAACCCAUAGGCUGCUGGAGAUAGGCCCCAGCUCCCCCUAUGGAAUAAGCGGUAUAGAAGAUGAAUGAAUGUUUUAACUGAUCAGUGUCUAUGAAUGUUGAUUUAUUGAGCACUGAUUCCUGUUUCCCCAGCUAUGUGUCAAUCGUAAGUAAACAGCAUUCACCCCAGCCAGCAACAUGCUCAAAAUCUUAAAAAUUUGCUUUUUCAAAAAUGAUUUUCAAGUUGAAUGUUUAAUGUAGAAAAUACAAGUUAGUGUUUGGAAGGCCGUGUCAACCCUCAUCACUUCACCAUCCCAUGGAGAUGUGAGGAGUUUAACGCAUGAUGUGGAUUUUAACAUCUUGUUGCACAACUUUGUCACGCUCUCACACAGCAGACCUGUGACCUUACACUCCCCCGUAAAACACCUGCCGUCACCUCCAGCCAAAGACGCCCGUCUCUGCAAGACUGUUGAUAAAUUAUAAUUUUCAGAAUAGAGAAACAAGCAAAACAGCUGCUGUGGCUUCAGGGUCAGACAGAUAUGAAGGAGCCAGUUUAGUCAAAGAACACAUGUCUUAAUAGACAGGUAAUAAUCUGGCCUUAUUACACAUCAAAUCAGAAAAUCAAGAUUUAAAAAAAAGUCUGCAGCUGAAUUUCUGUAAAAUCUGUGAAUAUUUAAAUCCUUUGCUUAUGCCUAUAAGUAUUAUUCUUAAUGCAUUUUGUCCAGCGCCAUAGAAAGAUAUGGGGCUUUCUAUGGCGCUGAUUUUGUCACUUCCCUGUAACGCAUGUUCUGCCUGGGAUUACCAGCUGAAGCCCUGGCAGCAUUUACAGACAAGAUGACAGGAGAUGGAAACACCUGAACCUCUGCUGACAUAACACAUUACUCAGAGCUGUUCUCCAUAAUGGCCAUUUUCUCUGCUUUCUCUCUGUUCUGCUCUUAAACCAACUUUUCCUCUCACCCUUUAUUUCUAAAGACAUACUUUUACAAGUCUGACUUAAAUAAAGUUGCCAGAUGUAAGAAUGAAUAAGACAAGAAAUAUAGAAUCAGGGCUAAAGCCUUAUAUUAUCCAUGAUCUGUCAGUGCCACUUGUAAAUACAAAAUGUGGAGACAAUUUCUAAAAAAUAUAUACUUUUUCAAGGACAAUAGAAAAAGAUUUUUGGAAAAAUAAAACCCAGCAUUGCAAAAACUCCUGUAACUUAAUUCUCUUAAACACACGUGUGACUCAGGGUUCAGACAAGUUUAAUCUUCCUUUGAAUCCGCCGUUAGGCACUGCAGCCCAGAAAAAAAAUUACAUAAAGCCUGCAUGGUCCUGAAUGUGAGGGCUGAUCAGCUUACAGGCAGGGAUUUCGUUAACUGGAUUAAUGCUAGAUUUAAAAUCUGCAUUUAGGCGCAAGAAGUGAGAAUAAUCAGACAGUCUGUCUGCGGCUCGGGUAUAAAAGGCUCACACCCUGUCUUCUCGCCACAGCUCAAACACAGCCAACAUCUCCGCACUGAAAACUUUCCGUGGAUUUACUCUACACUUCAGAAUGGACUUCCAGAUAUUUGGGUUGGUGAUGUUUUUCCUGGCCUGUGUGGAACACAGCCUGGCCUCUUGUGUGGUGGACAGAUUCACCGUCAAACAAGACUUUGAUCCCCAGAGAUAUGCAGGAAAAUGGUAUGCCUUGCAGAAGAAGGACCCUGAGGGCUUGUUCCUGCAGGACAACAUAUCUGCUGAAUACACUGUUGGGGAUGAUGGUGCCAUGGUGGCCUCCUCCAGAGGCAGAGUCACUCUCUUUGGGUUCUGGGUUGUCUGCGCAGACAUGGCUGCUCAGUACUCGGUACCUGACCCCAACACACCAAGCAAAAUGUUUAUGAACUACCAGGGACUGGCCAGCUACCUGUCCAGCGGCGGUGACAACUACUGGGUCAUUGACACAGACUAUGACAAUUACGCCAUCACCUAUGCCUGUCGCACCCUGAGGGAGGACGGAAGCUGCGAGGACGGCUACGCACUGGUCUUUUCGCGCAACCCCCGCGGCCUUCCUCCAGCCAUCCAGAGAGUGGUCCGGCAGAAGCAGGAGGAAAUCUGCAUGGCUGGACAGUUCCAGCCCGUGCUGCAGUCUGGAGCGUGUUAAACGGUGGCUAAGCAGUCAUUGAGCUGGACCAAUUACAUGCCCAAGACAGCUCUUCACUGUGGCUGUCGUGAAAUAUCCCACUCUCAUCUUAAGCAUCUGAUCAAUUCCAUACUCCAUCUAACAUUACAACAUACGUCCAAGAUAAUUAAGAGCAAAAUCCAAUGAACAAUACCAAUGUUUCAUAGAAUGUGAUGGUAAAUAAAUGAUGGGUAGCAUCUGAAGUGUAUUGAUCUGUGCUGCUGACAAUAAAUUUUAUAAAGAAA